UAAACUCGAGUACAAUGCGGAAAACAAAUCAAGUGCCUUAUGUUUGAUAACGUGAAUGCAGGCCAAGAGGGCCAAAUAUUUUAUAUGCUUUAUUGCGUUAAGAAUCAUUGUAGAUCUAAGUCGUGCAGUUAUAGAUUUCAGGAUUCUAUUCUUGAAAGCCCAACCUGUGCUAACCUGUGCUAAAAAUCACCUCUGGACAGAGACCAAGUGGCUCUAAAGAUCAAACAAGUUUGACUGUAGCACUACAACUGUUACAAACAACAAAGGCGAUCAUGACGAUGGUAUAUCUUUUCAUUCUACAACUAUGCGCAGUAUCUGUAUGCUGUGGAAGGCUGGAGCAGCUAGAAGAAAGAGUACAGGCCAUUCAAACACUGGCAAUUUAUGACAUACACAGGCUGAAGGAAACCGUAGACAGAAAUGCUUUAAAGAUCGACACUUUAACUGACUUGAUUAACAGAACCAUGUCAUACGUAACAAGCACUGUCGAGUCAACAACGGAAUUCAGACAUGGGCAAGAUGAAAAGCCAAUUGAGAGAAAUGAAAACAACGAAUACAAAACGUCACCCGCAAAUCCAGAUAUAAAAAGAUUAAAACGAGCUUUUCAGGACCAUAAAAUGUACUCCGUGUCAUUACAAGAAAACAUGUUGACACAGUUAGAAAAAGCGGUUCAUGAGAAAGACGCACUGAUAAAAAAUAUAUCUGGUUCGUUUAUUGGUUUAAAAUCUGAAAUAAAAAGUGAUUUAGAUGAAAUGCGAUCAGACAUCGCAUUGAUGAUCUCCGAUGUUCAUUUGAAUACAAGUCAGAUGCUGACAAGCUUAUCACGUGUUCAGUCUGAUAGCAUACUCAUGCAGACAGGGGAACUUAUAAGAGAAGCAAACAGAAGUCGACAUAUGAUAUCUUCAACCGUUAAAGAUCGUUUAAGUUCUGUUUUAAAAGCCAUAACAUAUUAUUUCAUCGCCAAUUCAAUACGUUUGGGCGAUGCACGUGUCGUAGAGAACGGACUAGCCGGACGUGUUGAAGUACGAUAUAAUGACCAGUGGGGUACAGUUUGUGAUGAUGAUUUCUCUAACGUUUCCGCAACAGUAGCAUGUAAGAUGGCAGGAUUUAAGACAGGAGUCGUUAUUAUGGAAUUUGGUGGAGGUUCGGGUGAAAUAUGGCUUGAUAACGUGAUGUGUUCAGGUUCUGAAACAAAUCUGUUUGAUUGUCCAAGAGGUUAUAACAAUGGUAUAGGUGACGAUAACUGCAAACAUCACGAAGACGUUGGAGUAACAUGCUUUUAACAGGCUUCUAAUUGAUGCAUGAGUUUCAGAUCAUACAGAAUUAAAUGCCAGAAACGAAGUAAUUCUAAUGCGUAUAUAUGUAUCAGCUUUGCGAGAAAUGCAAUCGAAAUUAUGUUUGUAAAUCCUCUGUUCCUAUGGUAAUCACCUUCCAUGAGUAUUAUAUUAAGUUUGUACCCUUUCUUUUAUUCUUAGUCUUCUAGUAUGACAGCUUCGUUGCGCCUCAAAAUGGUAGCAACGCAUUUUGGUAGUCACUACCAAAUUUCGGCCGAGUUUUGGUGGUCACUACCAAAAUGCGAUACACUCAACGCAAGUCCACACCCACAUUUCACCAUUCUUUUACAUUGUGUUUUGAAGAUAUCUGUGAUAACCUCUCAAAACCCUUCACCUUUAAAGAUAAAAUAUCUUUUUGCCGGACAUAUUUAUCUAAGACCACUAAAACACAAACAAAAUUCAUUGUUACAUUAAUUUUUAAGCAUCAAAUUCCCUUAUGCGGGGAGUGUCACAAUCAAAUUGUAGACUUCUUUUAAAACAUGGUUACUACUGUUAUACUUUAUAAUUUUUGUCUAUUAUGCUUUUUAAGACUUCUAUAAUUUGAGAUGUGUUUGUGGAGGAAAAUUUAAGUUAUUCUGAUAUGCGUAUUUUUGUAUAAAUUUUGAUCAUAAAUUGACUGUAUGAUUGUGUAAACGUAUGCAUGUAUAUGAAAUUUAGGUGAAGGCCAUACGGGCAAUAAGUUGUAUGAUAUUUGUAUCUGACGCUUAGUAUGUAACCUUCAGAAAAUAAAGUUGCUAUCUUA